AUGAAUUUUAUGUUACCCAUUCUUAUAUCGUUAUUAUUAACAUCGAUCGUUGCAAUUCCAUUUGACAAUCUAUUGAAUAUUAAAAAAUGUGGCAAGAAUGAAGAAUAUACAACAUGUGGUUCUGCAUGUUCUCCAACUUGUGAUGAUAUACGUUAUCCAUUACCGAAACCAUCUAAAGCAUGUAUUUUAUUAUGUAAAUCUGGUUGUUUUUGUAAAAAAGGUUACUAUCGAGCCGAAGAUGGUAAGUGUGUUGCACCAGAACAAUGCUGUGGUGAUAAUGAAAAAUAUAGAACUUGUGGUCCAGCUUGCAUUGAAACUUGUGAUAAUAAACCUGAACAAUGUACGAAACAAUGUGUUGCUGGUUGUUUUUGUGCUUGUUCUGAUUAUGUUCGUCAAAGCAACAGUACUGGUAGCUCUUGUAUUCAUCGUGACAAUUGUCCAAACUUAUGUGACGAAAAUAAUUGA